ACUCAUUCCUACUUGUUCUACUAGAUUCAAUGUUCCUUGUGCUGUUGUUAAGUCUGAUUUUAAUAUGAGGUCGAAGAUAGAGGAGAUGAAUGCUAGGUUAGAAGAGAUUGCAAUGCAAAGAAAUGACAUGGGUUUGAAAGAAAUUGGGGGAGGGAUGAGGUAUGAGAGAGUGAGAGAGAGAUUGCCUUCCACUUCUCUGGUGGACAAAUCUUGUGUUUACGGCAGAGAAAAAGAUAAAGAGGCAAUACUUGAGUUGUUGUUAUUAAGGGGUGAAAGUGAAACUAGUGAUGAUGAGACCAUCUCGGUCAUUCCCAUUGUGGGUAUGGGAGGUGUUGGUAAAACUACUCUUGCUCAAUUGGUCUAUGAUGACGACAAUGUGAAGGAUCAUUUUGAUGUAAAGGCAUGGGUUUGCAUUUCUGAUGAUUUUGAUGUUUUCGAGGUGACCAAGACGAUUCUUCAAAAGGUCACAUUUGAAAUCUACAACUUCAAGGAUUUAGAUUCACUUCAAGUAAAACUAAAGGAAACCCUGUCAGGGAAAAGGUUUCUUUUUGUUUUGGAUGAUGUUUGGAAUGAGAAUGCUGAACGGUGGGACCUUCUACGUCGGCCUUUUUUGGUUGGGGCACCCGGAAGCAAAAUAAUUUUUACCACUCGCAAUGAAAGUGUCGCAUCAGUGAUGAGUUCCGUUCCAGCUAUUCCAACUUACCGGCUAAAGAAGUUAUCAGAUGCUGAUUCUCAAUCUUUAUUUGCUCAGUACGCACUUGGAAGAACAAAUUUUGAUGCACAUCCAAAUCUGAAAGUAAUUGGUGAGAAAAUAGUGAAAAAAUGUGAAGGCUUGCCUUUGGCUGCAAAGACGCUUGGAGGUCUCUUACGCACUGAAUUGGACGAGAAAAGGUGGGAGGAUAUAUUGCAUAGCGAGAUAUGGGAGCUACCACAAGAAAAAAGUAAUAUUCUUCCAGCUCUUAGACUGAGCUACUUUCAUCUCCCUGCCCAUUUGAAGCAGUGUUUUGCUUACUGCUCGAUAUUUCCGAAAGACUAUGAAUUUGACAAGGACGAGCUGAUUUUGUUAUGGAUGGCAGAAGGUCUUUUGCAGCUAAAAAAAGGAAAGAAGUGGAUGGAAGAUUUUGGCGAAGAAUGUUUUGAUGAUCUACUGUCAAGGUCAUUCUUCCAGCAGUCAAGUGGUAAUGAGGCAGAAUUUGUGAUGCAUGACCUUGUGAAUGAUUUGGCUCAAUUUGUUGCUGGAGAAAUAUGUUUCAGGGCAAUGGAUAAUUUUGAUGGUAAUGAGCAAUCUACAAUUUCUAAACGGACUCGCCACUUAUCUUACACUCGUCAAAAGUAUGAAGUCUUCCAGAAGUUCAAGAAUCUUUAUGGAGUUCAAUGUUUGCGUACUUUCUUACCAUUACCAGUUUACAAAGAGUCUAGGUGGGCAGGAAACUACUACUUAAGUAACAGGGUCUUGUUUGAUUUAUUGCCUAAAUUACAUGGCUUACGGGUAUUGUCUUUGUCUGGUUAUGGUAUAACCGAGCUGCCAAAUUCAAUUGGCAACUUGAUACAUCUACGGUACCUCAAUUUAUCCCAUACUUCAAUCCAAUGGUUACCUAAAUCAGUGGGUGCUCUGUACAAUUUGCAAACUCUGUCACUGCGUGACUGCAAAGCUCUAUGUAUGUUGCCUGCAACCAUUGUUAAUUUAAUUAACUUGCAUCAUCUUGACAAUGCUAACACUAAUAUGUUAGAAGAAAUGCCCUUGGGGAUUGGUAGAUUGACAAAUUUGCAAACAUUGUCAAAGAUUCUUGUGGGAAAAAGCAACGGGUCAAGACUAAUGGAGUUAAAGGACCUAUUACAUCUACGCGGGAUGGUUUCUAUUGGGAAGUUACAAAAUGUAAUGAAUAGUCGAGAAGCAGAGGAGGCCAAUUUAAUGGGUAAGCAGUACCUUGAUGAAUUAGAGUUGGCAUGGUGUGAAGAAACUGAUGAUUCUCGAAAUGAGAAGCUUGCAAUGGAUGUACUUGACAUACUAAAACCACACAUAAACCUAAAAGAGCUCAAAAUUCAGUUCUACCGGGGUAUAAGUUUUCCAAGUCUAGUUGGUUGUACAAAAUCCAGAUGUUUACCAGCACUUGAGCAAUUGCCAAUGCUCAAGAACCUAUACAUUCAAGGCAUGCAUGAAGUUAAGAGUGUGGGAGUCAAGUUCUAUACGGAUGGUUGUUCAAUGAAAUUUCCUUUUCCAUCACUGGAGAGUCUAACGUUUGAGGAUAUGCCUGAAUGGGAGGAAUGGUGUUUCUUUAAUAAUGGUGUCGAAGAAGCUACAGGACAAUUCCCUUGCCUCCGAGUGCUUACGGUAUGUAAAUGUCCCAAGUUGAGUAGGGUUUCAAUUUUAAGGCUUCCCUCUCUUUGCGAAUUGCACCUGCAAGAAUGUGAUGAGGUGGUGUUAAGAAGUGUUACUGAUUUGACCUCACUAACCACCCUGAAAGUCAAGAGUGUUACAGGGCUAUCCAAACUCCCAGAAGAACUCAUGCAGUUUUUGGUCGCACUUGAAAAACUCGAAUUUCAUAAAUGUGAGCAAAUGGUUACUUUGUGGCAUAAUGGAUUUACAUUGGGCGAAGAAGAUACAUUGCUGCUGCCAUUUUGUAAACUUGAAUGUUUGGAAAUACGUGAGUGUGCCAAUUUGGAGAAUCUACCAAAUGGGUUGAACAAGUACCUAACGUCUCUUAAGCGGUUGCAUGUCAGUGGGUGUCCAAAACUUGUGUGCUUUCCAGAAAAAGGUGUUCCGCCCAUGCUUAAAAAGCUUCGGCUGGCAGAGUGCGAUGGCUUGAAUUCCCUCCCCGAGAGCUUCUCUCAUCUUGAAUAUUUGGGCGUUGAAAAUUGUUCGUCUCUGAGGUCGUGGCCAACAGACAUGUUUCCCACCAAACUCAAGGAGGUUACAAUUUGGAAAUGCAUGCAAUUGGAGUGGGUUUCAGAGACGAUGGUACAUGAGAACGGUAGUAGUAGUAGUAUGUCAUCACUUGAAAAUCUUUGGAUCGGCAAUUGGCCAUAUAUUGGAAGGUUAGUUGGGUGCCUGAACCAUUUUGCAAAUCUCCUUUACCUGUGGAUAUACAAUUGCGAUAGUUUGGAGUGCUUCCCAGAAACAGGUUUAUCCAUUCCCAACCUGACAAGUCUUAUAAUCGAGAAUUGCGUGAAUCUGAGGUCCUUGCCGCCAUUUCAUCGGAUUCAAAGCCUUGCAAUCCUCCAUUUAUAUCGUUGUCCAAAUCUUGAGUUGUUUGGCAAUGGGAAUUUGCCCCCAAAACUUGUUGACAUUUCAGUUGAUGCUGAUUAUGGGAUGCCCCUAUCAGGGUGGGGCCUGCAUAAACUCACCUCUCUUAAAGAAUUCAGCAUCUUUGGUGGAUUUUCAGAGAUGGUUUGCUUUCCUGAUAAUGAAGAAGUAGAAGACAAGUUGUGUGUGUUUCCUGCAAGUCUAACCAUCUUAGGGAUUUGGGAUCUCCCAAAUCUCGAAUCCAUAUCAUCCAAGGGGCUCCGGAACCUCACCUCUCUUCAACAUCUACAUUUAAACAAAUGCCCUAAGCUAAGGUCAUUACCUAAGGGGGGGCUGCCUUCCACGCUUCAACAUCUAAACAUACAGCGCUGUCCACUUCUAAAACAAGGGUGUAGGAAGGACAGAGGAGAUUACUGGCCAAUGAUUGCUGACAUCCCUUGUGUGGAGAUUGAUGGCUAUUACAUAUAUGAAAAUAUAUCUGAGUGAUGAUUCCCCCUGAUAUUUCUAUCAGGCAUGACUCCAUGCGCUAAUCAUGCGGAGACAGCUUCUCUAUAGACAGACUGGUUCUGAUGCAGGUCCAGCCAAGUAACUUCACUAAAGCAUAAAACAACAUUGCGCUAAUUAUGGAUUCUUCUGACUUUCUUUUAAAUUUCAAAUCAUGGAAAGUUUCUUUCACAAUAUCCAGAUUUGUCUGUUAAAUUGUAGGGUUUUGUGGUUGUUUCCUGUGAGGUCAUUAUCAAUUUGCAGCUCUUUGUUGAAAAUUAAGUUCCAUGAACAAAUAUGUUUUGGAUUGGUCUUUUGUCAGGUACAUUAGAAUUUAUUUUUCCCUACCACAAUCAUAUAUAUUUUGCCAGAUGGAAACCCUUUUAUGUGCACUUGGGUUUCCUAUCACAAUCAUGAAUCAUUUAUA